AUGUUUCUGAAGGCGCAAAGUAGGUUAGGUUGCCACUGUCAGUCAAACCACCACAUAUCAAUUAGGUUUGGAAAGAAACCGCCCCCUAGCGGUUUCAGAGUGCGACGGGACAUACGGGUUCUCAACAUCACGGAGCGACAGAAGGUUUUCAGGGCAUUUGACGAUCUAUACAAGACGGGUGUGAUGGCCAGGUUCGGCCGUGUCCAUGGCUCUGAAAUAUACCGGAAGCACAGCGGAGCCGGAUUCCUGCCCUGGCACCGCGUUUUUACUACCGCGCUCGAGGAGAAGCUCCGAGAAGUCGACCCAGAAGUGUCGCUGCCCUACUGGGACUAUUCAAUGGACUACUACAUGCCACUGCCGAAUGAUUCCAUCGUCUGGAGCAAGUGUUUCUUCGGCAACGGUAACAACACCGUCAGCGAUGGUCCCUUCCGUUUCAUGUACGGCGGUUUUAACAUGCCGAUAAAACGCGACAUCAUGCCGGAAGAAACGUGCCCCCCUGGACUUAUCAGUAAGGCGGACAUUGACGGACUCAUGGAGUUUUGCCAUUUUGCGAACAUCACGACCGGAAGGCAGCGAUACAACCAAAAUCGAUCACACAACCUAGAAAGUUUACACAAUAGUGUACACAACUGGGUUGGCGGAGAUAUGGCCGACCUUGGGGCGGCGGCGUACGAUCCCAUUUUCUUCAUGCACCACGCCUUCAUCGACUACAUCUGGGAGCAGUUCAGGCGCAGACAGUCCUCCAAUGAGUGCAACGUGGACGCCGAGAAAGACUACCGCGAACCAGGCGACUAUUCUAUCAAGAACGACACAAUCGCCCUUCAACGCCCCACGGACGCAAUGCAAGCGUUCAAUCAUCUUCAAAUCCGCGAUGGGCUCUGGAACAACUGGACCACAUCUGUGUACGGCUACGAACCGGCACCGAAAUGUCCCGAAUGCGGCAAUUCGGAGAACCUCUACUGCAAUAUGACUAUCGACCCAAGACGACCGGAAGGCGUCUGCGUGCCAAAGUCAAUUGACUUCUGCGUCGAUCCGCCGCUUUAUGCAUUUCAUAGGGACGAAACGUACAACAAGCCGCAAGGUGACGGUGCAAAAUUGUCGCUGGGCCCUAGACACUUGGGCGUACCAGGAGACGGUCGAACGAGAUUCAUGUCGCAAGAAGAUGGCCUCGUUAGUCUGAGAAAUCAGCUUGCUAUCGAUAUGCCUACAACGUCACAACAGGUUUUUAGUGAUAAUCGUAUUUCCACAAGCAUCCCCGUUCUAGCAACACUAUCGUCUGUGCUUGGAAUAUUGGUGGUCACAUUGGGCAUACAUAAUCGCAAAAUCACAAAACAACUUCAAUCGUUACGUAAUCCAAGCUGGGCAAAAUUUACCACUGCCUCACAGGAAGACACCCCCGGAACAGAUGAAGCGAGAAACAUGGGGGACGAUAGUGAACAGCUGGAGUUAGGUACUGGUAUCUAGAAAUGUCUACUCUGAAGAUAAUACGUGCGCAUGAAGAAUGUAAUGGAACCAUGUGGGUGUUUUAAAAGUACUAUGAAAAUGUACACACCAAUAGCUA